UGUCACUUGUGGGUUUUUUUUGUUUAGGUUUGAUGGAUCAAUCCUCAAGUCGUACGAGCAAAGAUGUCAAUGUGAAAAAUGAUAUGAAUAAAUUUCCUGAAGAAGAAGAUGAUCUAGGAGACUCAAUUGAAGAUGGUUGUGUUAAUGGGAAACAAGGUUUAGAUUCCCAAAUAGGAUUAGAAGGUUUGAAUAUGCUCACUGCAAGGGAUGUUUUCAAAAUGAAGUUUGAUUCUGAGGAAAAUGCGCAUGCUUUUUACAAUGCCUAUGCUAAGGUAAUGGGGUUUAGCAUCCGAAAGGAUAGAAAAAAGGUACGUAGGGAGAAUGUGGUGGUGAGUAGAAAAUGGGUAUGCUCUAGGCAAGGAGUACGUGCAAAGAAAUACUUGGAGCAUGUUGAUAGAUUGAGAGCACCAAGGGCAGAAACUAGGGUUGGAUGUAAAGCUGUCUUUCGUGUGCGCUAUGAUGUGAAAAUGAGAGAAUAUAUAGUGACUCACUUUGUAAGCGAACACAACCAUCCCUUGGUCGCACCCCACUGUGUCCCUUUUCUUUGGUCACAUAGGUCUGUAACAAGUGCUGACAAAGCCCAAACAAAAGCUAUGCGUAAUGUCGGCAUUAGCACUGGCCAGAUAAUGGACCUUAUGACCAUUCAGUCUGGUGGUUUCGAUAAGGUGGGUUUUGUUCGAAAAGAUUUGCAUAAUACUGUUCAAGCUGACCGAAAAGUAGAACUCAAGGAUGGGGAUGCAGAGGUUAUCUUGGGAUACUUAUCUGCUAAAGCUCUAGACGACCCAAUGUUUUUUUACAAGUAUGACGUCGAUCAUGAAAAUUGUUUAGACAAACUGUUUUGGGCUGAUUCAAGGUCUCGCCUAGACUAUGUUGCAUUCGGUGAUGUACUUGUUUUUGACACUACUUAUAGGACAAAUGCAUACAAAAAGCCAUUUGUAAUGCUUUGCGGCGUGAGUAACCAUUACAUGUCAAUCAUAUUUGGUUGUGCUCUAUUACCAAAUGAGACUACAGAAACAUACAUGUGGGUUUUAGAAACAUUAAUGGAGGCCAUGGAUGGUAAAAAACCCAUCUCAGUGGUGACAGAUGGUGAUAAAGCUAUGCGUCAAGCCAUCAUAACUGUCAUUCCAAACGCUAAGCAUCGCUUGUGUACUUGGCAUCUACAACGAAAUGCUGUGUCAAAUGUCCACAAACCCAAAUUUCAUGAGGAUUUCAAGCGGUUGAAGUCAUUAGAAUGUGAUAGGGAUGAGUUUGACAAGGCUUGGGCUGUCUUGGUCAAACAAUACAAUAUUGAAAACAAUAGUUGGGUGGUAGAGGUCUAUCGCAAUCGUCAUAAGUGGGCUGAGUCUUAUCUUCGUGGACAUUUCUUUGCCGGUAUGAGCAGCAGUCAGCGUUGCGAAGGCAUGCACGCUUAUUUUAAUAGGUUCCUAAAAGUGAGGCUUAGACUAUAUGAAUUUGUUUGGCAUUAUGAUAGGGCCAUUGCUCGAAUGCGUGUUAAUGAGGCAGCCGCGGAGGGUGUAACAGAGAACAGUUUCCCGGUGUUGACAACGCAAUUAAAGAAACUUGAGAAAAAUGCAGCAGAGUUGUAUACGAGGAAGAUUUUUUUAAAGUUUCGGGCGGAAAUGGAGCUAGAGGCCAAGUUUUAUGUGAAGCAACAACUUGAAGAGGAGGAUCAUUAUAUCUAUAUUCUAGAACAGUACGCAACUGAAAAUAAGUGGAGAGUUGAGUUUCAUCCAUUCGAUGGCAGCAUAAAAUGCCCUUGCAUGAAACUUGAGUCAUUUGGGAUACCUUGCUGCCACAUAAUUACUGUCAUGAAAUUUCAACAACUUGUAUCUAUCCCUAUGAGUUGUGUGGUUCAGAGGUGGACUAGGAGUGCUAGGUCAAGCAAUCCACAACCUAGUCUCACCAAAAUUCCCAACCUACUGACACAAACCACACGAUAUGGCAUAUUGAGCUCAUCAUUCAAUUUAUUGUCCUAUUAUGCGUCGCACACGGACAAAGAUUUUAUGGAGGCGAGGGAAGCAGGUUUCCAAAUGAUGUCCGAGAUGAAGAAGCGCUGGGAACUGAGAAAUGCGGAUAAGGGCGAGGAAAAAAAUAGUGCCACCAAACUAUUUGGGAUUCGGGACCCCAAGGUAGUCAAGACAAAAGGCAAUCCUGGGGGACCCUCUUCUGCCAGUAAACUCCCCACAGCAAGAAAAUGUGGGAACUGCAGGAGCAUUGGCCACACGAAGCGAACUUGUAAAAAAGUAAAAGCGAAGGAGAGGGAGGGUUGCGAAGAGCACUUUUCUGCAUUCACAAAUCCAGAGUUAUUCCCCCAUCAGGAUGAAGACGGACGUUGACAAAACAGGGCAGGGAACUAGCAAUGCAUAAGUCCGUAGUCGUUGAUCUAAGUUGGUUUGAAUUGGAGGAACUUUAGGCAGAAUUUUAGGGAACUAAGCCUUAACAAUUUUGGGAACUGAGUUUCUUUAUCUUUCUUUCUUUCUUUCUUUUU